AUGCCAGACUCUAUAUCCAAAACUGGUGGCUCUUCUUUUCAUCCGGCUCUCUCGGUUUCUAAUAUCAGAAACCAUGUUUCCAUUGUUCUAGAAAUGGAGAAUGUGAAAUACGGAACUUGGGCUGAAAUUUUUAAGAUCCAUGCUCGUUCGCAUAAGGUGCUCCAUCAUAUCGUUCCUCCACCCUCGGAAGCCACAACCAUGGAGGCCUGGGACCGUCAGCGUAACAUUUAUCAGGAUCACCGAACUUCCCGUGCCGUGAUUCUUGAACAGGAAUUUACCACCACUCGUCAGGAUGAUUUUCCAAACGCUUUUGCGUAA